AUUACCUGUUGCGAUAUCGACGAUGAUCUACUUCUUCUCAGCUCUACUGUUUUAAUUUUAUAAAUUGCCGUUCUUUAGAAAGACUAUAAAGCGAAGCCCCGAAAUUCCUUUAUUACUCAAACCAUCGCUAUCCUUCUCUGAUAACCAGCCUACUGGAUCAUUUAGUUUACUUAUUGGCACGCGAUUGCGGCAAAAAAAAAAAAAGCUCAAUUUUGUUAGCCUUGCUACACCACAGAGCUGAAUAUUAUUAGCCUGUGCUGGCCUCGAGGCUCGAGGCUUAGGGCUUAUGUGAAAUCGAGACAAAAAUAGGCUCCGUCAUGGCUGAGAAAUAUAUCAUUCAAGUAACCGCUGGGUCGGAUUACGACCCGGAUCGGCACGUCGUAGUUCCAGUCAACACGCACGAGCCAGUUAAGAUUAGCAGUGACCUAGUCGACAUUGAUCUCAAUGUUCGCGUGCAAAACUACCGGGGUCUGCCGAGGAAUUCGCCUACCACGUCUCCUUAUUUCUCCCACGAGCCUCACGCUUCCAGCAAUGAUCAGUACAGCAUAGCAAUCCGGUUUUCCCCCAAGAGGCCUUCCAACGACACAUCUAGGUCGUCGUCUCCGUCUGCCGGCGAGGAUGAUUCUGAUGAAGAACCGAUAAACGGCAUAUCGGGGGAAGAUCUCCAGUUCGGCAAUGACUUCGACCAUCCGAUUAGAGACCGCUUACCGCCUGGUUUUAACUACGCGAUGAACAUCGUGAAAUGGUGGAUCGACCCCGGUCUCGAGGGCGACGCGUACGCGGAUCAGCCGUAUCUCUACGGGCCGGCGCUUUCGUCUUUCAACGCUAUCCACAUCGGGCCAGGGGAGUUCGAUCCCGAGAAGGGCGGGCUGUGGGUCGAGGAAGGCGGCGACGAAGACGGCCUAAAAGAGCGAGAAGCCCUCGGGGUUCCGGCGGCGGCGAAGGACCGCAUGAAGUGGGCCCUGAAGCCCGCGAACAAGAGCAGGUGGUUAUUCCGGUACGGCAAGACUUACUGCUUGGACUUUUUCAACCCGUACCUGGAUUUCAGCGAGUUUAACCUGCGAUUACCUGGCUUCACUUUGCCGAUCAUGAAGUAUUGGGACGGCGAACGUUUACGGUCCCAGCCGAAGCGCUCACACACCCUUAGAUACACGCUGCGGAACCGGGCGACGGGCGAGACCUACCUGGUCGUGGUCUUCACGCUCUACCGCAAGGAAGACGUCAACGAGGACGGGUCCCUCAAGCCGGCGGCGCUGGAAGCCACGGAGCUGGAUAAGGAGAUGGUGAAAGAAGCGGGGAAGAUACCUGACAUGGAGACGACAACGACUGAGGAUGUGAAGAAAGACGACGGGUACGAGGAGGCCCGCAAGAAAUUUGAGGGGUUGGAUGUUGGUGGUGAGGAUGGUGGCGCGCGGCAGGGGAAUGAUAGGGUGGAUUAGAUUAGAUGACACUUGACGGUUAGAUGUUAGAUAGAAGGUACAUAUCAAGUCCAACUACCUUAGGUACCUAGAUACUCGAUAUAUAGAAACAGAAAAACUUCAUCGCUCAAA